AUGGUAAUCUCCCCCGAAGUAGCAGAAAUCAUCCGCCGCAAAAAAGCCCAAUACUGCCGCUUCGCCGACACAUGCGACUGGGACCGCUUCGACACAAUCAUGCUCCCAACCCUCACCUUUGAAGCCUUCGACCUAGACGGCAGCAUCCUGACCCUCAACGGCGUCCGGUACCGCUGGACCUCGCGCGAAGCGUGGGUCGCGCACUUUAGCGAGGCCUUUAAAGUCAUGCAGACGAUGCACCUGACGGACGCGGGGGACCUGGAGCAGGUUUCCGAGGACGAGGUCAACGCUGUGUUUGGGGUGAUUUAUCACGCUGGAACGAGGGGCUCGGAGUCGGGUUUGCAUUCUACGGGCGCGGGGCAUUAUCAUGAGACGUGGCGAAGAGUUGAGGGGGAUUGGUUUAUGGAGAGGUGUUGUAUGAAGAGGUUGUAUUCUAAAGUCAUGCAGAUUUGA